CGUCAGGAAGAAAAUAAACAAACGUAUAUCCAGUCGAAAUCGUCUAUACCAUCUUCAUUCUAAGGGAUCUCAUCAGGCAACGAAGAUAAACGAGAAUGUAGAUGCCAUGAUGUACUUCUGAAGAUGAAUGACCUUAAGCGCCAGAACAAGACAAUCUUGGAAAAGUUGAAUAUGGUUCUUUCAAAAUCUACAAUUGCUACCCCAAAGAAACUGGAUGUCCCAGCACAUAUUAAAUCAGCUGUCCACGAUGGUUACAAAUGCGGGAUGGAAGAAAGAAACCUCAAAUGGAUACAGAAAGAUAAUGAUGGCAAAUGCCUUAAGUACAAUUCUACUCCGAAUAAAGAAACUACAGACCAGGUUGUAGCAUUCACCAAGGGCAUGUACCCUGCUACAGAGAAUGGAGUAAUCAAUGUUGCUGUAGAGCGGUACUUCGAGUCAGUGAGACAGCGGGAGUUGAAAGCUGCUGCAGGAAAGGCAGAAGCACAUCGUCAGAAGAUGAUGCUGUAUGGAAGAAGGAAGAGGAAAAUGACCUGGAGAAAGACAGCUUUGAAAGCUAAAAGAUCCUAUGAUGAGGACAAAAAGAAAAAAGUUCAGGCAGCGAUGGUCAUUGACUUGAUGUCAUCAGAAGAGGAAAAUGACUCCGAGGAUGAUAGUUUUGUUAUUAAGAAGUUGCCUUGGAGGAGUGAGGAAUUGAACAGAAUUGUUCAAGAGCUAGACGAUAAAUGGGUAUCACUACAGACUCCAAAGUCCAGAAAACAAAUGGCAAAAAGAAGAAGGAUGGAUUCUGUAGUGUCGUCCCGUGCUCCACCAUCAAGACUUUCAAAACAAAUUGAAUGGACAGUGAAUCAGUAGUUACAUAAUUAGUAGAUCCAUCAAUGAUCUCUCUCUCUCUUUCAUAAUGUUAUACUAAACUUAAUUGAAAAUAUUAAUUAAAGUUGAAUUUGCCAUUGUAUAUAUGUAUAUUAUAAUAUGUUAUUGAGAAAAGGCUUUAUAUAAGUUGGACAACGUGUGCCCAAUCCCAAUCGUAUAAUAGAUGCAAAUAAAAAUAUGUUUAAAUCAAAGAUGAUUGCCAGGAAAGUUACUCUAGGUCUUUGGGAAUCAUUCACUUCUUACAUUAAGUGAUGUUGUUGAAAUUAUUUCAGCCGUCUGUCUAAAAUUAUUGUAAAAGCAAUUUUCAUAUACUGUUUUUGUUGCCAUAUUUGUAAAUGUACAUGUUUACUUGAUGAUAUUUUGAAUGGAUAAUCUGAUUUUAUUUCAAAUACAACUGAUGGUAUGAUUGAAUAAUUAUUUAUAGUUAUUUGUUGGUAACUCGGUGCAUUAUGUAAUUUGCUUUUAAUUAAUAUUGCUUUUUGAAAUAUCACAGUAAUAAAAACUCAU